AGGCACGAGCUGAACGAGGCGCUGAGAAAGCUGUUUGGAGGUUCGAAUUUCGAUUCACUAGACAAGGAGCCAGAAGUUCGGCGUAGCCUAUCUAAACAGCUACCACGUCAAUAAUGUAACCAUUUCCACCAGCAACUUUUAAACUAUUUUUUUGUUCAUGACCAUUUCAAUUAUUUAUUGUUAUUCGAGGAAUAACUUACCAGAAAGACAAUGGUCGGAAGCUACUUUUAAGCUACAGGAGCCACCGAUAUGUUGACUGCAAUACCUAGAAGAAGUCCCACAAAGGAAUUAUAUUAUUUGGGCUGCUUUCGAUGUCCUGGGGAUCCGCACUGGGUUUCGGAUUAAUCACAUUUCAACAAAAUGGAAGGCCGGGAUUUCGGCCCACCACCCCACCUCCUGUCUGAGCGGGGUGCCUUGGUCCACCGCGCCGCCUCUAGGAUUGCUUCUACCGGCCACGCGUCUGUACAACAUCGCGGACACUUCCAGACAGGAAAAUACUAUUCGUCCCACCUCCCAAUGGCACCACAUUCAGGUGGUGGCCUGAUGGGGAACUCCUCUGCCUCCUUCAUGGGCACGUUCCUCACCAGCAGCCUAGGCUCCCCAGCCUCGCACUCCUCAGGUCCCCCCACAUCGCCCUCCUCGCCAUCCUUCCGGGGGGGCACGCACUCCAAUGCCUCGCAGAUAUGGUUCCCCCACUCCCACGACGCCCCAGGGUAUCCCCGCUUCUCAGGGAGCCUGGCGCACACCUUCCUUCCCAUGAGCCACCUGGAUCACCAUGGGAACAGCAGCGUCCUGUAUGGCCAGCACCCCUUCUACGAUGCUCAAAAAGAAAACUUCUAUCUCAGAGGCCUUCCGUCCCAGCAACCCCUCAUCUCAGCCAAUCACAGCCUCUCUUCGGUCACCCGGACGACCAGUGGACAGCCACUGCGGUCAUGCAGUCGUGAGCACAAAAGCCUCAAAGAGGCAACAGUGGAGAGGCUCUCUGUCGGUGGCACCAAAGACAAGGAGAGGGGCGGCGGCAAGCAGGAGGCGAAGGACAGGGAGCGGCACAAGCAGCAGCAGCCGCAGCCAAUUGGGCACAGCCUGGAGGAGGAGAGCCGGGCCCUGGUGAGGCACAAGGCCGCGCUGGCUGGGGAGUGUAGGGAGCCCCUGGAGAGCAGGGCCAAGCAGCUCAGUGCCUGCCUGCUGAGCUCCAAGACACCGGGCGGGGAGCCACCUCUGGGUAGGCACCCAGGGGCCACAGGGGCCAUUCGCUGCUCCAAGGAGGCCAUCAGUCGGGAGAUGCGGAUCAGCGAGCCGCCAGCCGACUGCCUGCAGAGGGCACCGGUGCUGCAGCACUCAGUACCAUACCCCAUGCCUCCAUCCGUGGGCUCUGCUGCCAACCCUGGGGGCUUCCACUGCCUACCCCUGCACCCCAGCCACAGCCACCACCCCCCACAUCCCCCGUACCAUUCGGAAUUCUACAGCCCACCCCCACCAGCACCUCUCGCCAACCCCGUCGUGCAAGAGAAGGCCCUCGAGCCCAAGCUCACUGGGCCCACUUUUGUGCCAUCCGUGGGCCACCAAGACAACAAGGCAGGCAGGCCCUUCCAGCUGGGGAACCCCGACUGCCGGAGGGGAGGAGAUGCAGGUAGCAUCAAGGACAAGGUGGCAGAAAAGGGUGGCAGCGAGGGGGCGGGAGGCGGCAGUGAGGGGGCAGGCAGCUGGCCCCGGAGACCACACUGGCAGCAGCAGGUGUACCCCAAAGCCGACAAGGCCCCUGCCUGGCCCCAUCCGCACCUACAGCAGCAGCCGCACUUGGCCCCCUCGGGGCACCUGGGCCCUCGGCCCCGCAGUAGCGACUGCCUCGGUGGCACCGACAUGGACUCGUUUAGAGCCUCCCUCCCCCAAGGAGCGCUUGGUGCACCCCCUUACCGUGACUGUUCCCACAUGGGCCCAUCUCCCGGUGUCCAGUCUGGUGAGGCGAAGGGCGUGGCCUCUCGCAGCGAGGGGAUCGGCAGUGGCUGCCUGCUGCAGCGAGACAGCCAGAAGGUGGCCCGUAUCUGCCACCAGCAGCAAGCCAGGUCCGCCCAGGAAGCAGCUGCACCCGAGCCGGGGCGGGACGGGAAGCAGAAGUUGGAGAUGGUGGCUCUCGGGUACGGAGGUGGGCAGCAGCAGCCGGUGCCCCCCUGGGCCGUGCGAGCCCAUCACAUGCAGGCGGAGGAGGAGCGCCGGAAGGCCUACCUGGAGUCGCUGGCCAGCAUCAGGGCUAGCAGGACUCUGGGCCAGCAGCCUCAGCAGCAGCUGGGUGGCAUUGGCCCCUCGGCCAGCCCCCGAGGCCCCCAGGGAGAGGUGAGUGCCAUCAGAAGUCUCCUGAAGUACAGCAGCCAGCACCAACCGCACCUGCUGCCCCAGAGGACACCCUUUGGGGGCCUGGGCUGCCUGAAGUCGGGCACUGUCGGGGCCAGCUGCCCCCCCCAGGGCAGCAAGCAGACCCUGCCCUCGAAGAAGGGCCUUGCCCCUAAUGGAGACAGGGUGGACUGCGGGGACGGGAGGGGCCGUGAGGCCAGGGAUACACCCCACAGGGAGGGGGAGGUGCGCCAGCCUCCCGUGGGCAUAGCCGUCGCCGUGGCAAGGCACAGCGAGCCCCCCUGUCACCCCCUGGACGGUCCUUCCGGCCACAACCGGCACGGAAGGGCCAUGCCUGCCACAAAAGAUGGACCAAGGUCAGGCUGUUCACUGGAACCUGAUGUGGAGGAAAGCAGGAAGAGGAUGUGUGACGAACAGCUGGGCCAGCCUUGCAUGGAGAGGGAACAGGAGCUUCUAAUCAGGGAUAAUAAGAAGCGAGUGGAGUUUGCAAGCAUCCAUCCUUCCAGCAGUUGCCAUGGUGACCUGACCUCUCACAUCAUGGUCCCAGGUGGGUCUUCUUUGCAGUCUAGCCAAAUAGGCACCGACCCCUCUGCACACCAUCCGUCUCACCACCACUGGAUGCCACAGACAGGAAGUCCUUCCCUCUGGAUGGCCGGACAUUCCUACGGGAUCGGCCACUCCGCCCUGCACCAGGGCCUCCCCCCCGGCUUCUCGACUCCCCUGCCCAGCACAUUGCAGCCAGUGCUGCCCCUGGCCCAGGACCCCUCCACGCCCCUUGUGGUGCUGCCAGGGGAGCCCGCGGUCCACCCAUCUGCCCAUCACCUCGAUGUGAUUGAGCAGCCUGGCUUGUGGCCCCCAGUGUACAGCGCCUGCGGAGCCCCGUCACACAUACAACACACCGCAGUCUACUCCCGCUCCCAGUUUCUACGGCAACAGGAGCUGUAUGCCCUGCAGCAGCAGCAGCAGCAGCAGCAACGGGCCGCUCAGGCGAUGGAGCUGCAGCACAGGAGCAACCAUGUGCAGACGCAGAAGAAGGCCGAGGAUGCCCCCGAGGGGCUGGAUAUGCUCGUGCUGGAGCCCCCGCGCCCCCCCAAGCCCUUCUCCGUGGUGCCAUCACACAGAAAGUCUAGCUCGCCGGGGGCGUGCACGGCACGCCUGUCCCCCUGCUGUCGUCCUCCAUCCCUGCGGCCCCCCAGCACCAAGAGUACGCCGUGCCCUGCCCCCAGCCCAGCAGCUGCCGCACCCCACUCCCCAGCCCUGAGCCCCGCGCUGCUGCGCAUGUCCAAGCAGGCCGAGCGCCAGGACAUGAGAGCGGAGGGGCAGCCGCCGCAGGACUACCCACAAUCCCUGGAGCCUGACUUGCCACCUGGGUACACGUACCCUGCCAUCGUCAUAGGCUACCGGGGUGGCCCCUCCCCUCAUGAAGUCCCAUUGGCCGAGCCUGCUGACCUGGAGGCAGUACAGGUGGAGCCCCUGGAUCCGGCCCCACCUCCUGCAUCCACGUUGGCGGAGGAGGCCGAGCGUGCCACAGCAGCGGGGGUGGACCUGGAGCGACAGGAGGCACAGGCAGACCAGCCUGGGGAAGUGGAGGUCAGUGCCAUGCCCCAACCAGAACCAGACGAGCUGUUCAAAGGCUGCCAUUUGGCAGAGGGGGUGGUCCACGAGGAGCUUACUGCUUUAGACAAGGCCCAGAGCGGCACCCCUUACCAAGAAGCGGAGGAUAUGCAAAUGGACCCAAGUGAGAAUGCAGCAACCCAGGAAGGAAUAGAGGAAGGAUGGCAAGUGGUCAGCUAUGGCCAUGCGGACCCCGACCAUUGUGCAGAAGGAUGCAUGCUUGGCGAGUCCAGGGCAGUGUCCCCAGACUUGGGCUGCAUUUCUGCCUGCGCACCCCCCUCCCCUGUGACGGAGUCCCCCCAAGCCUCCUUCCUCAACUGCUGGAGCCUGGAGCUGCUAAUCGCCGCUGCCUUCUGUGCUGGUGGGGACACGCCUCCUCCAGCCCCUGUGGCCCUGCCCUGCCCACGCAGCCGCGGUAUGGAGCUACUGAGUGAGCUGGCGGAUCUGGAGUCGUGGCGGUGGGACCGGGACAGCCAUGAGGAGUAUCCACCAACCUCCGGCCUCCAUAGUCUCGCCACCUUGGCUACCGCCCGUGCCCUGGAGGCGGUACCCCAGGGGGAUGUGGAAGCCGGAGCAGAGCAUCCCUGCCCUGCCCGCAGGACCAUCAAUCUGCGCAGAAAGUGCACCUGGACCCCUCGGCACGAGCCGGUCUGCCCAGUGAAGGGUGCCAUGGAGACGAUGGGGGCGCAGGAACUGGCCAUGCGUGUGAGAUUGGCAGAAUUGCAGCGGCGCUAUAAGGAGAAGCAGAGGGAGCUGGUGAAGCUGCAGAGGAAGCAGGAGCACCAAUUGGUAUGUUAUCACAGCAUUGAGGAGAUUCCUCGCAGCCCUGCCCGUCGAGGACCUGGACGACCACGGAAACGCAAGUCCACUCUUGGUACAGGCCCUCAGGCUCUGACAGAGACCCCGCGCAACAUCAGGUCUCUGGGGGUGGGGCUCAGUCCGCAGCCUGAGAUCCUGAUUGGCUGUGGAGAGAUGCACCUCAAAAAGAAGAAGCUGUCCAACCAGAGUUUUGAGCGGCUCGGUGCCACACAGAUUAAGGCACGAUGCUGCAAGCCCGGGGCUCGGGCAGCCACGCUUAGCUCCAAGCUUAUCCACGGGGUGUCCCAGCAGAAGCAGAAGACCAAAGCAUCGCAGGGGGGCUCUCUAGCCUUGGGCCGCAGGCUCGCCCUGGAGGGCCACCCACCCGUUAUUGGGGGGGACAGCACUGCCAGGUCUAGCAAUGACUCAGAUGAACACAGUGACACAGAGGAAGAUGAAGAGGAUGGUAGUUAUGACAGUGAGGAUGCAGAUGAUGUCUUGCAUCCCAGAGACGGCUCAGCCAGCUUGGUGGUGACUGGCCCCUCCCCCUCGUCCAUUGUAAAGUUAGAAGCCAAUCAGAAGGCGAAGAACAAGAAGGAACGACAAGGCCUCAGCGGAUCCCUAAGCCUUUCCUGCGUCGAAGGUCAGGUGAAGGUGAAGAAGAAGGUCCCCUCCAGGCAAAUGCCCCUGGCUCCACCCAGGAAGCCAGCUGAGGACAAGGAGGAGGGGAGGCCAAGGAGAGUCCGGGGCCCCAGGCCACGCCACCAGCAGGCGAUGUGGGGGAAGCGAGGGGACAGGGGUUUGCCUGCAGUCAUCAGCGAGAGGCUGAAGAGGGCAACACGCAAGAGUGUGACACAGCAAGUGCCGACCAGAAAGUUCAAAGGUCGUGCGGUAAGUCGGCUGCUGGAGAGCUUUGCAGCCAACGAAGGCUUUCAAAUGGAUGAGGACAGCAGCUUCUCAGACGGUGGUGAGGACGGAAGCCAUUCAAGGCACAUGUGCCAUGUGACCAGGAGCACACCGGCCCUCCCCAACUGUGUCCUGACCAAAGAGCUGCUCGUGGAUGGUUUAAAGGUCCUGAUCUCGGAAGAUGAGCUCCUGUACGCCGCUCGCAUCCACACGCUGGAGCUGACGGACAUCUACAGCAUCACCAUUGAUGGCGAGCGAAGAAGCCGGCAGAAGAUCUACUCCUUGGAGCAGCUCUUACAGGAAGCUGUCCUUGAUGUGCAGCCUGGGAGCGAGGCAGUGCUAACAUCAGGCCAGCGGGUAUGUGCGUACUGGAGCGAGCGCUCACGGUGCCUCUACCCCGGAUAUGUUAGCCGAGGAGGCACUUGUGAAGAUGGCAAGGCAGGUGGUGUCAUGGUGGAGUUUGACGAUGGAGAUCGGGGGCGGAUCUCUCUGCCCAACAUUCGCCUCCUCCCCCCUGACUAUCAGAUCCACUCACCCGCAAGCAUCGAGCCACCUACCCUGGUGGUCUGUGCUGGACAGAGGGGACGAAGGAGCUCCACAUUGGAGAAGGCACCUCUAUCUCACAUGACAUCUGAGAAGCCAAGCAAAAUGGAGACUGUGAAGGAGAGCAAGGCCAUCACCAAGGCCAAGCCAGGCAGACCAAAAGGUUCAACAACAAAGAAUUCCUUGGUGACCAGGAUGAAUAAGACUGCCAACCCCAUGCUCAGCUGGCCAGCAGAUCUGGUGCCCAAAAAGAAGGCUAUAAACAGUCUCUUCCAGGUCAACGGGAGUCCUAGGAAACCCUUCAAAAGGAAGGAGGUUGAAGCCUUUUCACUCUCAUCCUCUACAGCUGCCCCAGCUAAAGGAAUUUUCCGGAGCUCCUUUGCCGUGGACUCCUUCAGCAGCAUUGCUAAUGGUUACUCUUCUUUUGGAAACCAGCAAUCUGUGAUGUCUGUCAGUUCCAGAAGCUCCCUCUGCGGUCGGGGCAGGAGGCCAGGUGAAGGUGGGGGCAUGCAGGGCCGGAAGGCAGAGUUUCUUGUCAAACUUGACCAUGAGGGGGUAACCUCGCCCAAGACAAAGAACAGCAAAGCCUUACUGCUGCGAGGAUCAACAGGGCAUGGAGGUCAGCUCAACAAAGGGUUUGACACAAAAGGGGUGGCUGCCAUGGCCCAGACAAUUGGUUAUUCUCACCCUGCUCUGCUCAUCAAAGAUAACAAGAAGGCGGAUGGUACUCGAGCUGAUCUCCUGCUCAAAGGGGUGUCCCACCUGCAGAAACCUACACCAUCCUUGGUCUUAGCUGAUUACGCGGACUUUGGCAUGAACUGUCACAGUGACUGCCCCAGUUCCUACUCUGACAUGGACGAGGAAGAGGAUGAUGAUGAGAGGGGAGCCCCCAUGGUUACUGCCUCUGGGGGCCUUAGAACAGCUGGAAGCUUCCUUUCCCGUCUCUCGGUCUCAUCUUCCUCCUCUGGUUCCUCUAGUUCCUCCAGCUCUGGCUCCCUGUCCAGCUCCAGCCUCUGCUCCUCGGACAAUGACUCGUCCUACAGCUCGGAGGAUGAGGAAGGCUCUGCACUGCUGCUGCAGGGCUGCCUCUCCUCCCAUCGGCCCCUCCUGCAACCCCCAGAACCAGCAUCUGGGCCAACUCAGGGGUCCUUUGUCGCCAAGACCAUGACGGUUGCUGGCACAAAGGGCAAGAAUGACAACAGUGCCAGCAGCAAGCCACUCAAGCGGAAGGAGUGUCCAGGCCCUGCCCCUAAAAAUCCAAAGGAUCUGGCUAAGAGACAGAAGUUCCCGGAGGUGAAUAACCAGCCCAAGGUCUCGGCUUUUCUGCCAGCACGCCAGCUUUGGAAAUGGUCUGGAAAUCCCACACAGAGGAGGGGCAUGAAAGGUAAAGCACGCAAGCUGUUCUAUAAGGCUGUGGUGCGCGGCCGAGAGACUGUGUGCAUCGGCGACUGUGCGGUAUUCCUCUCGGCCGGCCGCCCACACCUGCCCUACGUGGGCCGCAUCGAGAGCUUUUGGGAGUCCUGGAGCAGCAGCAUGGUGGUGAAGGUGAAGUGGUUCUACCAUCCUGAGGAGACAAAGCUGGGCAAGCAGCACCGUGAUGGCAAGCAUGCCCUAUACCAGUCCUCCCAUGAAGAUGAGAACGAUGUCCAGACAAUCUCCCACAAGUGCCAGGUGGUGAGCCGGGAAGAGUACGAGCAGCUAAGCCGUAUUAGAAAGCCCACUGGUAGCAGCCAGGACCUCUACUACCUGGCUGGGACUUAUGACCCUGCCAGCGGCCAGCUCUUCACUGCGGAGGGCCUGCCCAUCCUGUGCUAGCCCUGGAUCUAUGUCAAGAUACUGCCGAGGAGCCCUCAGGCCGCGAAGGGUAUGAAGUGUAACUGCAGUGUCACCCAUCUCUUCUGAGACAGAGAAAACACACGACUGCUUGACACUUGGAAACAUGCGAGUGGUCAGCCGCCACUACAGAGAGAGACGACGUGGAUGCAGCACAGGGCAUCCCCAGGCGCUCCGCUACACCCAGUAGCCCCACCGCACUACACAGUUUGCACAGGAUUGUGCUCACCUGGAUGGAGAGCUCCACAAGUGCGGUUUGACAAAAGCCCCUUAGCCAUGUGAAAAUAAACUGCUGUAGACCAACCUCUCUGAGGGCAGGACCUCCAAACAGGCGCGCUCGCCCCUCCCUGGUAUCUGCCGAGGACAGUGGCUGGUUGGAGUGAGGGGGUAGUGGUGUGACCCCUCCUUUUCUGACACGCGUUUGACGUGGGGAAGAUAGAGCACAGCUGUCAUGUGGCAUAGCCUGGUUCCAGGUGCAUCCUCAGCUGGCAGGUGUAAUGCACGGGAGACCUGCAGACCUCAUUCUGAUAAUUCCAGGGCCGUUUCUAACGUGCAUUUACAUAGAUAUAUAAAGAUACUUCUGUACAUGUACACACAGAUACAUACUGUAUACAUAAUGGAAUGGUUAUCCUAUCAAGCCAUACUUCAGUACCUCUUGCCUGAUCUGAUUCAGGCUGUGCGUGCGUGUGUGCGUGCAUGUGUGUGUGGGUUGGUGGGUUGUACAGAACAAUUCUCUUCUUAAUGUCUGUAUGUAUAUAAAAGUAUAUACUGCUUACAUGCACACACAUACACAUACAAACACAAUAGAGAUUUUAUUUCUUUCGUGUUGUCAGAUGUGUUCCUUUGUAAGGUUACUGAAUAUUGGUUAUGAGACUUGAAUGGGUUGUGACUUUGUUUUAUUUGUUUAAAUUUAAAAAAUGACACCCACCACCACCAUCACGCUGGCUAGUUAGACCAGACAAACAAUGACCACUGCUGUUGCCAAAACCAAUCAACCAGGUGGUCCAUCUGAUGCAUUGUUUCUGGAACAGCAUGUGUCAAAGGUUGGAGGGGCAUCCCAUAAUGUCCUGGCCCCUUGGCCAGUUGGAAUGUGAACGGCUCAGUGAGUCUAGUCUCCUUUUUACCACUUUGUUCUAUAAUACCUUCGUUAUCUGUACUGUUAUUGCUGAUGUCUGCCAUUCUUUUUCACCUCUCACAGGAACCCAUAAGCCUCCCAUCAUCCUUAAGAGGCGGACAUACUUCUGAACUGUUAGAUGGUUUACUGGACGUGGGCAAUUGUGACUCUGCGAAUUGCUGGUCUCAGAGGAACAUGCAGCUAUUCUGCAGCACUCUGAGAAUGUGGCUUCUGGGCAGCAUUAGCAUAGCAGCACUGUAUUAGCCUCUGAGCAGGGUUAGCAUCACAACACAGUGGUGACUUCUGAGCAGGGUUAGCAUUGCAGCGCUAUGCUGGCUUCUGAGCAUAGAUAGCAUUGCAGCACUGUGUUGGCCUCUGAGCAGGGUUAGCUUUGCUGAACCUUCUUACCUUCUGAAUAGGGUUAGCAUUGCAGCACUGUGUUGGCUUCUGAGCAGGGUUAGCAUUGCAGCACUGUGUUGGCCUCUGAACAGAGUUAGCAUUGCUGCGCUUUGUUAGCUUCUGAUUAAGGUUAGCAUUGCAGCAUUAUGUCAGACUCUGACCACGGAUAGCAUUGGAGCACUAUGUUAGCUUCUGAGCAGAGUUAGCAUUGCAGUACUGUAUUGUCUUCAGGUUAGCACUGCAACUCUGCAUGCACCAUGUGGGAAAUUGAUGGCCUGUGAAGCACAAUCAUUAAAAGGAAGUUAAAAUUAAUAUUUAAAAUAGUAAAGAAGUUGCCUAUUUGAUAGGCUUAAACAAUCAAAGCGAUAUGUUUUUUUUGUUGUAACUGUCAUUGUUGUCUUUGCUUUUGCCAAAUAUAUUGAGUUAUUCAAUCAGUAUUUUAACUAUUGCUCAUCUUUAUUUAUUGCCAAUGUAGCUGCAAAGUCAGUAACUUUAUAGAGAAUUUGGUGUAGUACAAUAUAAAAUGUUACUUUCUGAUGUAUUAGACUGAGCUCUUAGGUGACGGUGCAGAGGACAUUUAUUUAUUGGAAUGACACUGGAUUGGCGUUCUCAAUGGCUGUUAGUAGUGUGGUCAGCAGACCCUUUGCUAGUCUGUAACUUGGCAGUGAGAUUGCCUUGCUGCUCCUUGGCAGGAAGUGACAUCAUGGGGCACAAUCAACCCCCCACCCCCACCCCCUGUUUCUUACGGUCUGGUUACAUGAUUGUUCAUUACUAACAAUAAACCGAUGUCCUACCACACUUACUGUUUUGUGCGGUUUGUUUGAAUAGGGAACGAUUUAAAGAAAUGAUGUUAUUUUUAUAGAUGUCCUUAUUUUUUUAACUUGAUGUUGAAUGCUUGAAUUGCUAUGUACUUAAAACUCAUGUACUUACAAAUGGCAAAUGUGGAUCAUUAAGCCUUUUCUCGUGUUUUUAUUGAUCCCAACUGUUAAUCCAAGAUGUAGGAACUUACUGUGAAGCAUCACUUGGUUCAAAUCCAGUGUUAUACAUGCAAACUUCAUGUACAAAAAUGCUUGUUAGUCUUUUUUCUGUCCUCUGCACAAAAAUGUGGCCAGGGAACAAUUUGAGUUCACCCAGUAGGAAAUUAACCAUAUAGCUUUGACGGCCAAUGACAUGCCAGAGCCUGUGUGCGCACCCUCAUCGUGGGGGGGGUAUCACUCGUACACAGAUGGCAGUCGUCUGAGGGCUGUUUCUGUCAUGUCAGCUUGUUCACGGUUUUGCCUCACAUAUAGACCUGGGGGGGGUUCCCUUGAUCAUUAAAAGCAUAUAGAUCCCAGUCAUUUUGCAUUUUCUCACAACUUUAAAUGAAGGCCAAAUAGUCUGAUUUUGAAGAAUGGGAAGAAAAAUGAGUUUUCCUCAGCCAGCUUGACUGGGCAUAGGUGCUGAGGGGUGUUGGACUAAUUCAAUGUCAUGCUUAAUCGACAGGUCAACGUUGUAUGACACAGGUGCAAUACUACUAGGAUGUAACUGAAUAGAUGUUGAGCAUCGUACAGCAGCUGACAGGCCACGGUAAGCGGUGAGGAGGACGCAGGACCGUCUGUCCUUUCACCCAACUUUAUUUAAAUCCAUUAUCAGCAACAGUAAGGAAAUGAACGAUUUCAAACAUUUUCCUAAAAUUAUUUCUCAGAGUUACUUGGCAAAUAUUAUAAUAUUUUAACACAAAUUAAAUAAAGAUUUUAAUUAUA